AUGGGAGAGGCCUCGCCGGAGCUUCCUUCCCCCCCUCCCCCCUUCUCCAGCGACGGCGACGGCAACUCUGUUCCCAUAAAUCUCGAACAGUAAGCUCUUCUUCAUCUUCUUCCUCCUCCUCCUCCUCCUCCUCCUCCUCCUCCUCCUCCUCCUCAGGCUUCUGUGAUGUGUUUAUCUUCUGCGGCAGGGGGGAUCCCACUAUGUUUGAGGAGUACUGGAGGAGCAUCGCCGGCGAUGCCGCCGUUGUCAUCCCGGCGUGGCAGGGGAUGAGCUACUUGUCCUCCGGCGCCGGCGUGUGCUGGUUCAUGGAGCCGAAGCUGGCGGAGGAGAUCGUCCGCCUGCACAAGCUGGUCGGAAACGCGAGAACCGCCGGCUGGCACAUCGUCGUCGGGGUCGGCUCUACGCAGCUCUUCCAGGCGGCGCUGUUCGCCCUCUCGCCGCCGGACGCCGGCGAGCCCAUCAACGUCGUCUCGGCGGCGCCGUACUACUCGGUAAUCCUUCCCUCGAAUUCUCCUCUCUCUUCUUCUUCUUCUGCUUCUUCUUCUUCUUCUUCUUCUUCUUCUUCUUCUUCUUCUUCUUCUUCUUCUUCUUCUUCUUCUUCUUCCUCCUGCUGCUAGAACCAGCAGACUCAUCAUCCUCAGCAGGAACCGUCGCAGUCUGAUCGCCAUUAUCUGUCUUCCCCAACCUUUGAUGCUUUCUAGACUUGGUUGAAGAUCAUGGGUCCCUCCGAUCUGGGGAAAACAAAAUUUCCUUUUUUUGAAGGAUUUAAUCCUAGCUAUUCUAUAAUUUAUCUGUAUCACCCGGUGGGCGACCUUCCAUGAUAUUAACAUAAUCUCUCUGCAUUUACUAAACUUGAUUGAAGAUCAUGGAUCCCUCCGAUUUGGGGAAAGCAAAAUUUCCUUUUUAUUGCAGGAUUUAAUCCGAUCUAUUCUAUAAUUGUUCUGUAUCAUCCAUGAUAAUCGUAUCAUCCAUCUGCAGUCACUAAAAUUGGUUGGAGAUCAUGGGUCCCUCCAAUCCGGGACAAAAAAAAAAUCCCAUUUUUUUCCAAGGAUUUAAUCCGAGCAAUUCUAUCGAUUUACUAACAUUCUGCAAAUCAAUAAUCUUUAUGAAUCAUCAAGUGGGCAACCAUCCAUGAUAGUCAUAAAAUCACUCUGCAGUAUUAUCCGGCAGUAGUGGAAUAUCUUCGAUCGGGGCUGUACAGGUGGGCCGGCGAUGCCCGAGCCUUCCGUGGGGAUGCUCCCUAUAUCGAGGUCGUCUGCACCCCAAACAAUCCAGAUGGGUUUCUUAAUCGAGCUGUUCUUAGGGAAGAGAAGGGCCGAGUAAUCAACGACCUUGCGUACUAUUGGCCGCAGUACACCGCCAUCACCUACGAGGCCGACCAUGAGAUCAUGCUCUUCACCUUCUCCAAGCUCACCGGCCAUGCCGGAACCCGCAUCGGGUAACUCUAGCCCUUCUCUCCUUCAGUCAAGAUCUUGAGAAAAGCUGCCAUCUUUUCCUUCAUCUUACGGGUAUUUUAUUCAUGAUUCUUGAUUCUUGACUGGUUCAUUGGAUUGGAUUUUUCGAGGCCACCAUCAUCUUCUUUCUGGCCCUGAAAAUUAUGUCCAUUUUCUACCACUAAUUUGAUCGGUUUCGAAGAAAAAUUGCUUCAUAUUUCCUCUUUUAUGCAUGAUUGUUCUUGACUGGUUCAUUGGAUUGGAUUUUUAGAGGCCACCAUCAUCUUCUCUCGGGCCAUGCAAAUUAUGUCCAUUUUCUACCAGUAAUUUGAUCGGUUUCGAAGAAAAUUGUUUCAUAUUUUCCUCUUUUAUGCAUGAUUGUUCUUGACUGGUUCAGUGGAUUGGAUUUUUAAAGGCCACCAUCGUCUUCUGGCCAUGCAAACUGUCUAUUUUCUACCAGUAAUUUGAUCGAUUUCCAAGAAGAUUGCUUCAUCUUUACCUAUUUUACAUAUGAUUGUUCUUGACUGAUUCAUUGGAUUGGAUUCUUAGAUGCCUCCAUCAUCUUUUUUUUCCGGUCAUAAUCUGUCUAUUUUCUACCGUAAUUUGAUCGGUUUCCAAGAACAUUGCUUCAUCUUUACCUAUUUUACGCAUGAUUGUUCUUCACUGGUUCAUUGGGAUCUGUUCCCAAGAUCUGCCUUCAUCUUACCUAUCUAAGCACGUUGACCUGCAUGUAAUCUCAUCUGGUCUGUGUCGAUUCCGUGUGUUGUGGAGAAGCAGGUGGGCGCUGGUGAAGGACGAAGACGUUGCGAGGAAGAUGACCAAGUUCAUAGAACUUAACACCAUCGGCGUGUCCAAGGAUUCUCAGCUCCGAGCCGCCAAGAUAAUGGGCACCAUAUCUGACAGCUAUGAAGCUGCGAGCCCGCCGCCAGUGGAGGAGAGGUUCUUCAGCUACAGCCGCUGCGUCAUGGCGGCGAGGUGGCGGCGGCUCCGGCAGGCCGUCGAGAGCGCCUCCUCCUUCAGCCUACCAGAAUUCCCAUCACCCCUCUGUCGGUUCUCCGGUGAAAAGUCAGGGCUUCAUCCGGGUAAGUCAACUGAUAUUAUUUUUUUAUAAUCUUAAUAUUUCCUUUUUAGGAAAUUAAAAUUUUUAGGCCUUCGAUCUGAUCUCCCCCAGAUUUAUAUAUAGAGUUGAUUUUUUUCUAUUUAUUUCAUCCGAGAUAUUUUUCUCCAUUGGGACGAGCUGCUUCAAGUUUCUUAGCGCUUGUCAUGAAAGUCCUCCUAAAAUCAUCAGAUCGCAUAAUCCCCCUGAAUUUUAUUUAAUUCCCAUGUUGUUAUACUUCUCUGAUUUUCCUGCAACUUACGUUCAUAAUUGUGUCCCCAGCUUUCGCGUGGCUGAAAUGUGAGAGAGAGGAUGCAGAAGACUGCGAGAGCUUCCUCAAGAGCCUCGGGAUCCGCACGAGGGGCGGCGCGCAUUUCGGCGCUGACCGGAGGUACGUGAGGGUCAGCAUGUUGGCGAGGGACGAGAUGUUUGACUUCCUGAUAAAGACAAUCCUGUCCGUCGGAUGA